AUGGCCGUCGCCGAGACCGCAGACAGCUUGCUGCAAAGGCCUUCCGACAAUGCCUUCCCCAUCCUCGACCGCGUCCCCUCGUCCUACAACCCGCUUUCUACCUUCAUCCUGCCCAAAGGCGAGGACCGCCACUACACCCAGCAGUUUGCGGACAUGUACUUUGCGCGGCUAGCGAGAGUCAAGCCGGCUGUAGAGCAGAUAGCGGAGGAGGCAUGGGAGGGCUUUGAGAUAGCAGGAGAGACAGCGCGGCGUGUGGAUCGGGCGCUAGAUGUGCGGCAGGGCGAGCUGUGCUGGGUGGUGGGGACGGUGUAUAUGGAGAUGCCGCUGAAGCCCAACAUCUUGGACGACUUGUCAAAGGAGCACUGGAUAUCGGCACCCCCAGACCGCGAGAAAUACAUCAGCCCCGGCGGCAAAGACGAGACGAUGCUGGAAGACGAGUCGGGUCGACUGAGGCUCACGGGGCAACAUCUGCAGAGCCAGAUGCUGGUAACGGGGUGUAUCAUCGCAGCAAUGGGGACUGAGAACGCAGACGGAGCUUUCGAAGUCAUAGACUCCCGGAUAGUGGACCUGCCGCGGCAGCCCGAGCGAUGGGAACGGGACGACGAAGCCCUCGCCUUAACAGGAAAAUCCGUCAAAAAGCAACGCCCCGAGUCCGGCAAAGUAGCCAUAGUCAGCGGCCUCGAGAUCAGUGGCGACGCAGCCGACAACCUCAACCUAGACCUACUGACCGAGUACCUCCUCGGCGAAGUCUCGAGCAGCCCAGGCCGCAGCGACGCAGCCCAAAUCUCCCGCCUCGUAAUCGCGGGCAAUUCUCUCGCUCACGCCUCCCCGAUCCCCACCCGCGACGAGCUGGCGACGAAGAAAGGCGGCAAGAAAUACGGCUACGACGCCUCGACUUACAACCCGACCCCGACCGAACACCUCGACGACUUCCUUGCCGCCCUCCUCCCCUCCAUCCCCAUCACGCUUCUCCCUGGGACGUCGGAUCCCGCGAACGUCGCAUUGCCGCAGCAGCCACUGCAUCACGCGCUCUUCCCCCACAGCCGCGAGUACGCGAAUAGGCCGACGGAGGAGGGGGCGGGGCCGAGCUGGUUCGACAGCGUGACGAAUCCGUGGGAGGGGGAUGUUGAUGGGUGGAGGUUCUUGGGUACGGGCGGGCAGCCGAUUGAUGACGUGUUUAAGUAUGUUGCGGGUGAGGAUAGGCUGGAUAUGAUGGAGCAUUUGCUAAGGUGGAGGUGUAACGCGCCGACGGCGCCGGAUACGCUGUGGUGCUACCCCUUCCAGAUGCAAGAUCCCCUCCUCAUCAAGGACUGCCCGCACGUCUACUUUGUGGGCAAUCAGCCGCGGUUCGAAACCAGAGUCAUCGACGGUCCAGCCGGCCAGCUCGUAAGGAUCAUCGCUGUGCCAAAGUUCAGAGAGACGGGUGUGCUGGUGCUGGUGGAUGCGGAGACGUUGGGUGUGGAGUGUGUGCAGUUUGGGACGUUUGAUAGGGGAUGA